AUGUUAUUGGCUUUACGACGGACUAUGAUACAACAAACUAGAAGAUUUGCGACGAGCAACAUUGCUGUUGACGGUUUUACCGGUGCAGUGGGAAAUACACCAUUGAUCUAUCUUAAGACGCUCUCGGAGCAGACGGGAAGCAAGAUAUAUGGAAAGGCUGAAUUCCAAAAUCCUGGAGGCAGCAUUAAAGACCGUGCUGCUGUUGGCAUAGUUCUGGAUGCGGAGGAGAAAGGUCGCAUAAAACCCGGUGGAACCGUUGUCGAGGGUACAGCAGGCAACACUGGUAUCGGUCUUGCCCAUGUCUGUAGAGCCAAGGGUUACAAGUGUGUUAUAUUUAUGCCUGACACUCAGAGCCAAGAGAAGAUUGACCUUCUCCGCAUGCUCGGCGCCGAAGUGCACGCAGUACCUGCAGUUCCCUACGAGAACCCAUUGAACUAUAACCACCAGGCGAAGGAGUAUGCUGAAAAGCUGGAGAAUGCCAUAUGGACAGACCAAUUCGACAAUACUGCCAAUGCAUACGCGCACUAUAUCUCUACUGGACCCGAAAUAUGGGAACAGACGAAGGGUGACAUUGACGGUUUUAUAUGCUCAACUGGCACUGGUGGCACUCUGGCUGGAGUUGGCAAGUACCUGAAGGAAAAGAACCCAAAGACACAGAUAUGGCUCGCCGAUCCGCCUGGCAGUGUAUUAUACAAAUAUAUCUCUAGCGGUGGACAACUCAUCGAGCGUGGCGGAAGUUCCAUCACAGAAGGUAUUGGUCAAGGUCGUGUCACAAAUAACCUGGGCACUUUUGUCAACGAUCUGUCGGGAGCUCUGCACAUACCAGACGAGAAGUCGAUAUCCAUGGUGUACCAACUGCUUGACAGUGAAGGCUUGUACAUAGGUGCUUCGUCGGCUCUGAAUGCCGUUGCAGCUGUGGAACUUGCUCAAAAGCUAGGCAAGGGUUCCAAAGUUGUAACUGUACUGUGCGAUGGUGCACAUCGAUACCAGAGCCGUUUGUUCUCCAAGAAGUGGCUAGAGUCGAAGGGGUUAGGAGAUGCUAUACCAGAAAGUCUGAGGAAGUAUACAGUUCUAGAUUGA